UGAAGUCUGCCCCUCGCCCUCCAGGAGAUAUGGGGCCCCAACCACAUCUUUUCGCGCCAGGGCUGGAAGGGAGUUUGGCACAGGGCAUGGACUGUGUGAAGGAACGCUGUGUUGGCCUGGAACCUUCCUGCGUCUGGUACCAGACUUUCAGCUGGGGGGAAAGGUGGAAGGUGCCCUUCCGCAGGGCCUAAGAUCAACAGGAGGCCUCACGGGAGUUCCAGUGACUUCUACAGGUGCCUUGGAGAAGGUGCGUCCACCCUCCUCAUCUUCCACAGACGCUUUUCCUGGACCAGCUCCCUAUCCAUUGCCACACAGAAGCUACCAAGAGAGCACAAGCACUCCAGACCAGCAGCCCCCUGCCCGACCCCCGCCUCCCGCAGGAAGCCCACCCGUUCCUAGACACGUCCCGAGCACAGGGCAUAGCGCAAGGCCACAGUCCCACUAACCCCAAAGCGGCCGCUUCCACGGAACCGUCCAGAGGCCGGGCCUGGCCACCCUGCGCGCGAGUGAGCCGCGUGCCUGGCGCGCAGCGGCAGCAGAGGAAGCAGCAGCGCCCCCUCCUCCGAGCCGCGGCGCGCUCGUCCUCCCCGCCCGGCCCGCUCCUAGCAACGCGGGGCGUCCCCAACGACAAAGACCGGCGCCGGCGCGCGGGACUCUGCGUGAGGCGAACGCCGGGGCUUCCGGAGCGGAUCCCUACUUGUUUCAGGGACCUGCCAGUCUGAGAAGUUUCUUGUCAUAAGGCCAUCCAGGGGCCACCCGCCCCUAUAUUGCCAGCCUCCAGCAUGCAGGAUACCGUAACAACAUCAGCAUUGUUGGACCCCAGCCACUCCUCAGUCUCCAUCCAGGACAAGUCCUCCACUGGAGGACACAUUUCAAGCACAGGCCCACAGCUCUCAAAGCCUUCAAUCACACCAGUCCCUGCAAAGUCCAGGAACCCACAUCCCGGGGCCAAUUUCCAUCGGAUGCGCCGGAUCAUUGCUGAGGAUCCUGAGUGGUCACUGGCCAUCGUGCCCCUCCUCACAGAGCUCUGCAUUCAGCACAUUAUCAGGAACUUCCAGAAAAACCCUAUCCUGAAGCAGAUGCUCCCGGAACACCAGCAGAAGGUCCUGAACCACCUGUCCCCUGACCUACCACUGGCUGUGACCGCCAACCUGAUAGACAAUGAGAACUACUGGCUCCGCUGCUGCAUGCAUCGCUGGCCCGUGUGCCACGUGGCCCACCAUGGCGGCAGCUGGAAACGCAUGUUCUUCGAGCGGCACCUGGAGAACCUGCUAAAGCACUUUAUCCCAGGCACCACAGACCCUGCGGUGAUCCUCGACCUGCUGCCGCUCUGCCGGAAUUACGUGCGCAGGGUCCACGUCGAUCAGUUCCUUCCGCCGGUGCAGCUCCCGGCCCAGCUCCGGCCAGGCGGCCAGUCCGACUCAGGCAGCGAGGGAGAGAUGGAGGAGCCCACGGUUGACCACUACCAACUGGGCGAUCUGGUAGCUGGCCUGAGCCACCUGGAGGAGUUGGACCUGGUGUACGAUGUCAAGGACUGUGGCAUGAAUUUUGAGUGGAAUCUCUUCCUCUUCACCUACCGCGACUGCCACUCCUUGGCAGCUGCCAUCAAGGCAUGCCACACCCUCAAGAUCUUCAAGCUGACCCGAAGCAAGGUGGAUGAUGACAAGGCACGCAUCAUAAUUCGAAGCCUUCUGGACCACCCAGUCCUCGAGGAGCUGGACUUGUCACAAAACCUCAUUGGGGACCGUGGUGCACGAGGUGCCGCCAAGCUGCUGAGCCACAGCCGCCUGCGUGUGCUCAACCUGGCCAACAACCAAGUGCGUGCGCCCGGUGCCCAGUCCCUGGCUCACACUCUGGCACACAACGCCAACCUCAUUUCUCUCAACCUACGUCUCAACUGCAUCAAGGACGAGGGUGGCCAGGCUCUUGCCCAUGCCUUGCAGACCAACAAGUGCCUCACCACGCUGCACCUCGGUGGCAAUGAGCUGUCUGAGCCCACCGCCACACUCCUGUCACAGGUGCUCGCCAUCAACACCACACUCACCAGCAUCAACCUGUCCUGCAACCACAUCGGGCUGGACGGUGGGAAGCAGCUCCUGGAAGGCAUGUCAGACAACAAGACCCUCCUGGAAUUUGACUUGCGCCUGUCAGAUGUGGCCCAGGAAAGUGAGUACCUCAUUGGCCAGGCCCUCCAUGCAAACCGAGAAGCAGCCCGCCAGCGGGCCUUGAAUCCCAGCCACUUCAUGUCAACCAUCACUGCCAAUGGCCCUGAGAACUCUAUGGGAUAAAAUGACCUGACUUGGAUCAUGGCCCCAGCCCCAUCCCUCAUUUCAUACCCCUGCCAUGCCUGCUGCAGAGUAUCACACUGGUUCAGAGGGAGCGGGGAGGGGGACCAUGAAUAACCUUGGAGUGAUCAAGGGUUGUAUGGAUGGAGACAUGAGGCAAGGAAGGGAGCCUGGCAUGGGGGAAGAAAGGGUAUGCAGUAGGAACCCAGCCCUUGUGCCCAGGGAAAGGAUAUUACUGGACACCCACAAAUGACCAACUUCUUCCAGGAAUAGGGAAGUCAGAGAGGUGUCUGAGGGACUGUGCCUGCCAGAUUCUCCCAUGGGGGCUGCCUGCCUCCCUGACUCCCCACCAUUUUCUUCUCUACCAAACAGAUCCUUGAUCUUCACACACACACACACACACACACACCCUCUGGCUACAGCAGAGCUAUACCUUGCUCUCUCUGCCACCCUCAUCCCUGUAGAUGCAUUUCCCUGUUGCUUGACUCUGCUUUAAGUGAUACAGUUCCACAGGCCACGCCAUCCCCUAGUUCCCCAACUCCCAACCUGGGAAGGGGACAACGAGCUGACACCAAGGGCUUAGACCCAGUGGACUCCUCAGGGGAGGCAGCUGUAGAUGACGACUUCCAGGGAAGGAUGACACAAUCCCUGCCACCCACCCCAGAGAGCUUCCCUGGGAGGGAGGGAAAGAAGUGCCACACUGGGACAGGAAGUCAGUGAGUCAUCCACGACUUUAUUAUCCACCAGUUUGAUUUGUACAAUCUUUGCGCUUAAAUCCACGACAAAAAGGCCACAGUGUGAUGCACCCAAUUGACAGAGACCUGUCUUCUCCCCAGCCAGGCCCAGCCCACCCCACAAGCCCUUGUCCCCAGGACACAUGGAGCCUUCCAGGUGCCCUCCACGAGUCCCCAUCACUCUGUAGCUGUCUACCCUGGGGCCACACCUACAGGAAUCACAUCAGCCCCCAGGGCCACAAGAGACCUAGCUGACUGAUUCAGGCUGAGCGCCAUUGCCCAUCCUCCUCAGGCUGAUUGAUUGGCCCAGAGCCUCCAGAACUGUGUCCCCAAAGGGCAGGUCAUAGGCUACAACCCCAGUCCAAGAGUGCCUGCUCUCCAGGGACUCCUUCCGCUAAGCAGGCGCUGAGCAGAGCACCAAAGGGGGCUUGGGAGUGACUGCAUGUGUGUGCCUGUCCAGGCAACCUAGAGUCUGUCUGUGCCUGACACCCUCUGACAGUUCUGGAGUGCAAACGUGUAGGUGUGAGGGUGUGUGUGUGUGUAUAGCCACAGCUGCUAGCAGAGGUUCUAAUU